AUGUUAUGAAUCUUGCCGAUUCAUUUUUGUGAUUUGUGUAUUUCAUUGCAAAUAAUAUAACUUUUGUUAGCUUUUUCAAAAAAAAAGAUCAACUUCCAAUAAGUAUGGCGACUGAAGGGUUCACCGAUUCGGGUAGAAUUUUGAAGAUGGAAGUAGAUUAUAGUGCUACUGUUGAUGAAAAAAUACCAGUCUGCCAAAAGUUAUGCCAGGAAGGAAAAUUGACUGAAGCGCUUGAUAUUUUAAUGUCUCUGGAGAAACAAACUAGGACAGGUGCAGAUACUCAUUCAUGUGGCAGAGUUUUAGUAGCCAUUGUUAAAUUAUGUUUUGAAACUAAAAACUAUCCAGCUUUGAAUGAACACAUUGUUUUGUUAACAAAGAGACGCAGCCAAAUCAAACAAGCAGUCACCAAGAUGAUUCAAGAAUGCUGUACUUAUGUUGAUCAAAUGCCAGAUAAGAAAACAAAGCUGGAACUGAUUGACACCCUUCGCACAGUCACUGCUGGAAAGAUUUAUGUUGAAGUGGAAAGAGCAAGAUUAACUCAUAAAUUAGCAAGAAUGAAAGAAGAAGAAAUUAAAAUUGAUGAGGCUGCUAAAAUCCUUCAAGAACUUCAGGUUGAGACAUUUGGCUCCAUGGAUCGGCGAGAAAAAGUUGAAUUGAUACUUGAGCAAAUGAGAUUGUGUCUUGCAAUAAAGGAUUAUGUUCGUACCCAAAUCAUCAGUAAAAAGAUAAGCACAAAAGUUUUUGAUGAUGCCUCUUUUCAAGAUUUGAAAUUGAAGUUCUACCGGUUAAUGAUUGAGCUAGAUCAGCAAGAGGGUUCGUAUUUGGCCAUAUGCAAACAUUUUAGAGCUGUUUAUAAUACACCUCAAAUUCAAGAUGAUGUUGCAAAGAAGCAUGUUGCUUUAAAAAAAGUAGUCAUGUAUCUAGUACUUUCACCAUAUGAUAAUGAACAGUCAGAUCUCAUUCACCGAGUUAAGGAGGAUAAAACACUUGAUGAAAUGCCUAAAUACAAAGAGUUACUGCAACUUUUCACAACUCCUGAGUUGAUAAAUUGGAAAGCUUUGCAUGGUAAAUAUGAGCAAGAUUUAAGAGAAGCCACCUCAGACAUUACUGCUGCCGAAGUAUUUGGUCAUGAUGAAAUUGGAAAAAAAUGUUGGCAAGAUUUAAAAAAUCGAGUUGUUGAGCAUAACAUCCGAAUUAUGGCAAAAUAUUAUACACGCAUUACGUUGCAACGCAUGGCUGAAUUGUUGGAUCUCAAUGAGACGGAAACUGAAGAUAUCUUAUCAAACCUUGUUGUAAAUAAAACAGUGUGGGCUAAAGUGGACAGGCUAGCUGGAGUCAUCUCUUUCUCCCAAAUCAAAGAUCCGAGUGAAGUACUUAAUGACUGGUCUCAUGAUUUAAAUAGCUUAAUGCAGCUGCUAAGCAAAACCACUCACCUCAUCAACAAGGAAGAAAUGGUGCACAAGCAUCUACUUUCCGAAGAACUGGCCGGUGUGAGCUACUUGAAAAAAGCAUAAAUAUUACAACAUUUUUUCAUGAUAAAGAGUGAUGAUAUCAUUGUUGCUCAGAUUGUUAAAAGAAAAGCUAUUUUCAUCGUUUUGUAUUUAUUUGUCCCUUUUUUUCUAAUAAAAUGUAAAUAAAGUUG